CUCAAGGCGAUCUUCACGGCGGACGAGCCCCGCAAGCUCUACGGGCGCUUCCGCACGGCUCGCCAGUACAACCAGGGCGUGGCGACCAAGUAUGACCAGGUGGCGAACGACAAGACGUCCAAGGGUGGGGCCAAGCGGGCCGCAUCGGUCAUGCUGGUGGCCUGGCUGGUGGACCCAGAGAUGGACGAGCUGUUCUGGGACGUGGCCCAGGGCAUAUCGUACAGCGAGGGCGUCACCAGCGAGUCCACAUGGAUGUCGCAGAAACAGCUGUGCGACAAGUACGGGGAGAGCGACGCGGAGGAGAUGAUAGAUCAAGGGCUGGUGCAG